CGAACUUCAGCAGUAGGAGUAGUUGCGUAUGGGAACUUCGGUAGCAACAUGAUAGUUGCGCUGAGGAAAGGCUUGCAGCUAUAGUCGUUGCUGUCGGAAACGUAUCCUUGCUGUUCGGAAGGUUUACCCUAUUUGACUUACUUUGCAGUCCGUACGCUACACGGUAUCCUGCACACUUUUGCAAUUACCGGUACCGGGACCUCCGCAGCGGCCUGUUAACCAUGGCGAAACAAUGCGCUAGCAAUGCAUGUAGUACAGCAUCGGAGCUCCUCUCAUCCUGCCACCCGGCGGGGCCGGCCCCAGCUCCGAUGCUAGCCUCGCCCAUUAUCACGACAGCUUUCGCAGCGCUGGCCGCAGCCGCUUGCUGCAGCCGCCGCGGCGUACCCUUCUCCCGGACCUUGCGAACCUGGGCCCAAUCCAGCACGUCAGCUGCUUUGCAGCCUGCCAACUCAGCAGCAAUUGGCAUCGCAUCUGCAUCCGCGCCUUCCGUCACAGCCCGCAGCGCUGGCCUGCUUGGUGCGAUCGGCAGCAGCGGAGGUGCAGGCGGCGUGCUGACUCGCGUUGCUGGCUCGUCGGUGCCGCUGUCGCUGCGGGCGGCUCCCGUGCGCCGUAUGGCUACCCAACAGCAGCAGCAGCAGGCGCCGCAGGCCACUGCCCCGCUGCCCGCAGUCGCCCGCGGCACCCCCAGCAGCAGCAGGCUGGGUCAGGCUGUACGACUGCAGGCGGCUGCAGCCUGGCAGCGGUACGGCAUGGCGUUGGGUGCGGCGGCGGCGGUGGCGGCGGUGUAUGCGCUGUGGCGGCUGAUGUACGGUGUGACCAGCGCCUUUAUCUCCGUGAAUGAGAAGCUGGCGGAGUACGGGCUGAUGGGUCUUGCUGUCACGCUGGUGGGCGUGUUCGCGCAGUACCUGCACUGGCGCUCCUCCGUGAGCCCCGGUGCGGUGGUGCGGAGGGCCAUGGAGCGACUGAGCAGCCACCCGGGGGUGGUGGAGGUGAUGGGCAAGCGGCUGGUGGGCAGCGAGGUGCGCGCCUACGUGGUGACGGGAGGGGGGCUGUACCUCUCCAAGAACUGGAGACCCAAGAUCCGCAGCCGGCGCAUCCAGAUGAUGUUCCCGCUGAGCGGCUCGGAGCGGCGGGGGCUGGUGUCGCUGGAGGCCAAGAGGAAGCAGGGCCAGUACUCCUGGAAACUGCUGGCUGUGGACCUGGGGCCCGAGCUGCAGCAGGCACUGCCCGCACCGGGAGGGGGGGCGGGAGGAGGGCUGCUGCCCACCUCCUCCACCUCCUCCUCCCCCCAGCUGCAGCCCCAGCAGUCGCGGGUGUAUGUGGUGGGCGAUGCGGCCGCCUACGGGCGCAGCGGGGUGCUGGGGGAGCUGAGGGCGCCGUUCAUCAAGGCGCUGCUCAACGCCCACUCCUACGAGGCGGAGGACGAGGCGGAGGACGAGGCGGAGGGGCAGCAGCUGCAGCUGUCCAGUGGCAGUGCAGGCAGCAGCCGGGGGGACACAACACAGGGGGCGGCACCGGCACCGGCAGCAGCAGCAGCUGCUCCGUCUGCCGCUGCCGCAGCGGCCCCAGCAGCACCCGCCCCGCCUGCUGCUCCUGCCCCCGCUGCUGCCCCCGCAGCUGCUGCUGCGCCCCCUGCACCCGGACAACCCCCGGUGGCGGCGGCUGCCCCCACCUCCUCCCCUGACACCCCCACCCCCUCCCCCAGCUCCUGGUGGGGUCGGUUGCGGAAGAGCGCGUGAUGAGAGGGCGCGUGCGAGGGGGGGGUGGUGGGGGGGGGCUGCCUCCCAUGGGCGCGUGAGGCGGGGGUGUCAGGGCGUCAGGGCGGUAGAGGCAGGGGGGGUGCGGCAGCCCCCCCAUCCCUUCCAGGGGAAAAACGUGUGUGUAUGGGCAUGGACGGUGGGGGCGGGGCGCGCAGCCGUGUGGUGCUGGGAAGGCAGGGGGCACCUUGUCAGCAGGUGGCCCCAGGAGGGAGGCGGGUGGUAAAGAGGAAACAACUACCUGACCGUGGGAUGUCAGGUGUGCGAGUGGUCAUUGUCUGGGAGGAGCUGGGAGGAGGUAGGGGUGUGGAAGUGGGGGGAGAAGAUGGGUAGGGCGGCGGUGGCAGGAGGGGGCACUGAAGCAAAUAGGUUGUAGGAGUAGGAGGAGGUGCGGGGGUUCGUGGGGCUAGGGUUACGGCGAUGUAGCGCGGAUGGUACGCCUUGUGUUUAGGAAACUGGCCUCGGAACGAACGUACUCUGUGAUUGCUGGAUGAUGAAGAUGAUGAAGGCCCCACAGUCCCACGGAGGGUCGGUCCCCUGUAAUUGCAGGGGGCGGGGGUAGGUCGGAGGGUAGGUCGGAGGGUAGCCGCGGACAGGGGAGUCCAGAGGACACCCGGGUGCCCUCCCUCCAGGCGGCGUUGCACAGGUGACCAUGUGCGCCACACAUGUUACCUACAUGCUACCAUUGAGGGGCACUGGGCGAUGUGGGCACACCUGAACACGCUGCGAACGAUGGGGUAUUGUGGAAGGCCGAACAACAGAGCGCUCUCAUACAUAGCGUGGCUCCCUGGGGACCGCACGCUGCGGUGUUUUC